GCCGUAUAUAAGUGUGCGCGUCCGCGCGUGCGCAGCUCCGCGCGUCUCGGUCGUGGAGUGGCCUCCCGCGGUCGCCUCUGCAAAUGGGCUCCCCGGCCUAGCGCCCCCGUUCCCGCCCCUGUGAUCGCGCGCCGAGGCCCGCGAGGGGUCGCCGCCAAGGUUUCCACCGGUGCACAAGCAAGAGCAUGGCCGCCAUCCCCUCCAGCGGCUCCCUCGUGGCCACCCACGACUACUACCGGCGCCGCCUGGGUUCCACUUCCAGUAACAGCUCCUGUGGAAGUGCCGAGUACCCUGGGGAAGCCAUCCCCCACCCCCCGGGUCUCCCCAAAGCCGACCCGGGUCACUGGUGGGCAAGCUUCUUUUUUGGGAAGUCCACUCUCCCAUUCAUGGCCACAGUGUUGGAGUCCCCAGAGCGCUCGGAAUCUCCCCAGGCCUCCAGCAGCAUGAUCACCUGUGACCUGGCUCGGGAAGCCACAAGGAAGCAGCCUGGCGGCCAGCCUGGCAAAGUCAACGCUGGGCCCCCAUCCUGAGUGGCUACCACCAGCCACCAGACUUCCAGAGGCGCUAGGCUCUUUGAGCCCCUCCCCCCCUCCGCCAUCCCCUUCCCUGCACCCCACCUGGCUUAGACUAGGCCGGCUGCAGCAAGCAGAAGCAGUUGGGUUCUUUUAUAUCAAAACAGCAACACACCAAAAAGGAAGUUGAGAGAGCCCCUCUCUUUACUACCCAAGCCACACGCAAGCCUGCCUAACACCCCGUAGCCAUGUGCCUUGCACCAAGUGGAAAAUAAAUGAGAAGCAGCCAGCAUCCCU